AUGAGUAAAAGACAGAUUGAGUCCGACUCGGACAUAGACGUGAGCUCCACCGAUGAGUCCGAUGUUGAAUUGGACCAGCAAAAGAACGGAGACGAAGAAGGAGAAGGAGAUGCCCAGAUGGAAGAUACAGUGGAUGUUGAUUUCGACUUUUUCGACUUGAACCCCGAAGUCGAUUUCCACGCAACAAAAAAUUUUCUCCGUCAGCUAUUUGGUGAUGACCAUGCUGGUUUUGAUAUCAGCGGAUUAGCAGAUUUGCUCUUGACCAAGAACUCGGUGGGGACUUCCAUCAAGACGGAUGGAAAGGAGAGUGACCCAUUUGCCCUUCUCAGCGUGAUUAGCUUGAGUGAUAACUUGAAGAACCCCGCCGUCAAAAACCUCAUAGAGUAUGUUUUGAAAAAGACAAAGAGCAAUUUGGAACUUAAUGUGACGCUAAAGAAGUUGUUACUGUCACUGCAGCAGCAGCAGCAGCAGCAGCAACUGACCACAACGACGACAACUAAGGGAAAAGGUAGACCGGCGAGAGUCGGCUUGAUUGUUAGUGAGAGAUUGAUAAACAUGCCCGUGGAAGUUGUGCCCCCCAUGUACAAAAUGUUGCUAGAUGAGAUGAAGAAUGCCGAGAACGCCAAUGAAAGAUACGAAUUUGACUAUUUCCUUGUCAUUUCCAAAGUGUACCAGCUAGUUGACGCCGUGGAAAAGGAAGACGACGAUGAAAAGGCCAGAAGCAAAAAGAGAAAAACGCCGGCAAAUGAGCCCAGGGCAAUUGAGAUGGACUACUUCCACUUGGAAGAUCAGAUAUUAGAACUCAACGCCGUUAGCAAAGGUGUUUUCGAUUACGACAACAAGGACAAACAAGAGACCGACUCCAGGAGAGUCUUUACCGACUACGGCAUCGACCCGAAGUUGAGCAUCAUAUUGCUAACCAAGGAUAACUUGGCCAAGGCCGUACUUGAGAUGGCGGAAAUGUUCCAUGUUUGA